AAAACUGCUCGAAUUCAUGAUGCUCGUCGGACAGCUAAAAGUGGGUGUUUUCUCCAGUUCUAGGUGUUGAGGAACUGUUACGUGGUUCUUGAUCGUUCCCUGACUAUAAGAGGUUCCAUUUUACCGAUUUCGUUGGGAUAUAUUCAGGUUUCUUUGACUAGAGCUCUCCUGAAGGAAAAUCCAAGAUGGCGUCCGCUGGCAAGGGCACACGUGGGGCGCUGAACCUCCUCAAAAACCUCCCUCGCGUCGGUUUGAACAACAUCAAACCCCUCCCUGGCUCGUUUUUUAAAGCACCACGCCGUAUGGGGGGCGGUAAGUCGAAACGGAAAUGCGGUAGAGGUCACAAGGGUCAAGGUCAAAGAGGUACCAGGCCAAGGCUUGGAUUUGAAGGUGGGAACACUCCGUUCUACCUGCGGAUCCCCAAAUAUGGUUACUACGAAAACCACAGCCGCCGUAGACAGUACCCUCCACUCUCGCUCUACCGUCUACAGUAUCUCAUCGACAUGGGUCGCAUCGACACCACGCAGCCCAUCGAUCUCGCUUCGCUCACAAUAGGCCGCGCCUUGAACAUCAAUCCCAAGAGGCAACACUACGGAAUCAACCUCGUGGAAGAGGGGGCGGACAUCUUCCAAGCCAAGAUCAACAUCGAGGUGCAGUACGCCUCGGAGCUGGCCAUCGCCACUGUUGAGCGAAACGGUGGAACGAUAACCAUGUCAUACUAUGAUCCCAUGUCCUUACAUAUCCUGGUGGACCCAAUAGGAUUCUUCGCCAAGGGCACUCCCAUUCCGAAGCGUGCGCUUCCGCCCGAAGACUUGGUGGAAUACUACACGAGCGCGGAGUCUCGAGGAUAUCUUGCCGAUCCGAAGGAAAUCCAGAAAGCUCGUCUGGCCCUAGCAGAGAAGUAUGGCUACAAGUUGCCUGACCUUUCCUUGGAAGAACGUUUUGAGAUGUUGAGUAUAAGGAAGGACCCAAGACAGGUUCUGUUUGGACUUGGGGCAGGCUGGCUGGUGGACUUGAAUAGGAAAACUGUCCUGAAACCAACAGAUCCAGAGCUCUUGGAGUUCUACAAGUCUUGAAAGCCAUGACUCAUUUUGUAUAACUUUAAGUAAUAAAGAUGAUUCAUGAUGGAGCACCAGUAUAAUUGUUGAAAUUAAGUUUGCAUUGAUGAAAACAAGAUAUGGAAGAGUACAUGUAAAUCACUACUAAAUGAUAAUUAUAAGGAAAGUGCAAAGGAAAUACAGACUUUUGGAAAUGUUGAGAAUAGAUAUUCUAUGGAAGUGGUCCUUGAAUGAAUGCUUGCUAAUACUAAUAUUACUAUGCUUAGUAUGAGAACAAUGCUACAUGGACUUCUUAUCAUUAUCAACUCAACAUGGCAGUCUUCAAGAAGUUUAAAAGAGUAUUGGUAUCAAGAUAUGGAGUUUAUCAAUAUAUGGAGUUAUUAUCAAGAUAUGGAGUUAAUGUAUGAAACUCCUUUUGAGUAAAGAUUAAUUCUUUAAAGAGCACAGUACAUUGUAGUUUAUCUUGAAUGUUAUGGCCACUGGUUAUGGCCUCCAUACCAGCUGUCAAUCCUAGUAUUAAAGAACAUUGAACAUG